ACAGUUCAUCAAUUAUUGUUUCAGGAGUCGAACUUUUCGGUUUCGAAUUCGGAAUUCUCAGUUGACGGCGAUGGCGUUGAAGCGUGUUGCGAGCUCUGCUAUUCGUGCUCUUGGUUCAUCAUCGGCCGGAUCAGACUCUUCGAUUACUCUCACGAGGAGUCUCCAUGCCUCUGCAGGAGGCAAAAAGAUUGUGGGGGUGUUCUACAAGGCAAAUGAAUAUGCGUCACUGAAUCCUAAUUUUUUGGGUUCUGCUGAACGAGCCUUGGGCAUUCGUGAAUGGCUGGAAUCUCAAGGCCACGAAUACAUUGUCACUGACGAUAAGGAAGGACCAAACUGUGAACUUGAGAAGCAUAUUCCUGAUCUCCAUGUCCUUAUAACUACCCCAUUCCACCCUGCCUAUGUUACGGCUGAGAGGAUAAAAAAGGCCAAAAAUUUGCAAUUGCUUCUCACAGCCGGAAUCGGCUCCGAUCAUGUUGAUCUGAAGGCAGCUGCAGCUGCUGGAUUGACCGUUGCAGAGGUUACCGGAAGCAACGUCGUGUCUGUUGCUGAGGAUGAACUCAUGAGGAUCCUCAUUCUUGUUCGGAAUUUCGUACCUGGACACCAGCAGGUUAUCAAGGGAGAAUGGAAUGUGGCUGGUAUUGCACAUAGAGCAUAUGAUCUUGAGGGGAAAACGGUGGGAACUGUUGGUGCUGGACGUAUUGGCAAGCUUUUACUCCAAAGGUUGAAGCCUUUCAACUGUAAUCUCCUCUAUCACGACCGGUUGAAGAUGGAUCCAGAAUUGGAGACUCAGACAGGAGCAAAGUUCGAGGAAGACCUUGAUGGCAUGCUUGCCAAAUGUGACGUAGUUGUCAUUAACAUGCCUCUCACAGAGAAGACAAGGGGGCUGUUUGACAAAGCUAAGAUUGCAAAGAUGAAAAAAGGGGUGCUAAUUGUCAACAAUGCUCGUGGAGCAAUCAUGGAUACUCAGGCAGUGGUUGAUGCUUGCUCCAGCGGACAUAUUGCAGGCUACAGUGGGGAUGUCUGGAACCCACAGCCUUCUCCAAAGGACCAUCCAUGGCGUUACAUGCCAAACCAAGCUAUGACUCCUCAUAUUUCUGGUACCACCAUUGAUGCACAGCUGCGUUAUGCUGCUGGAACCAAGGACAUGCUCGAAAGGUACUUCAAGGGAGAAGAAUUUCCUCCACAGAAUUACAUUGUUAAGGAAGGCAAAAUAGCACCACAAUACCAGUGAUUUUUGUCUGUCACCGACAUCGUAUCGUCAGCAGUGUCUUUUAGUAAUGGGGUUUCUUUGAGUCUGAGUUUUCUUUUUCUUCAGUCAGUAUCAAAAAUGUACUAAGUGGGGCUUUUGUCCCUUUAAAUAAAAUCGUCUCAGCUUAUGUUAUCAGAAACUACCUUGAUCACUUCUUGGAGUUAUAAUCACGAAUUAGCCUAAAGCUUGAGCAGC